AUGCCAAAUCAGAUACACUCUACUUCUCAGUCAACACCUGGGACUCCUAUGCAAUUACAGGAACAGACACAAGUCCAUCCUGUACAAAGAUCUCCGAGAACUCCAAUGAAAUCUCCUGCACCACCCUCAAGAACAUCUGCUCCUUCAACACCUAUGCCAUCAGCUGAACAAGUUCAAAUUACACAACCCUCACAACGAUCAGCACCAAAUACACCUAUGCAAUCUCCUGGACAAAUUCCAGGCCAUUCUCCUAUCGUGAUAACAUCUAGACCAGUAACAAGUCAGCAUCCAAUUCAUAAUGACAUACAACUAGCUUCUGCACAAAAUACUCCACAACCAAAUGGCGCUGGCCAAAGUAUCACUCUUAGUAAUGGAAGAGUAAUUAAUAUUAAUCAGUAUUUAGCAUUACGUCGAAUGCAUCAGGCUGCUCAAGCACAAUUAUCUGGUCAGAUACGUGGACAGGUUCCCAAUCAGCUAGUGAAUCAAGUAACUAACCCUACAGUGAUUCAGAGACGAUUCACACCUCAAGUGCAAGUUGGUAACUCGCAACAACAGCAAGUUGAUAUGAUGAUGGCUACGCAACAGCAAAUAAUAGGUAAUAAUCAAAGUGUUAUGGUUCAGCAGCAAUUUCCCAUAAAUCAACAACAAUUGCAAGUGCAAGGGAUGAUUUCAGAGCAAACACCACAACUGCAAUUGAACUUACCUCAAAUGGUACAGGUUUACAGAGCAAUGCGUCCAAAUGUUGUUCAACGACAACAAGUUACGCAGCAACAAAUGACUCUCAAUACACAACCAUUUCCAAAUAAUAAUCAAUGGGUUUUUCAACAACGGCCGUGGAAUGGAAGUUAA